AUGACUGAUCAACGUUUUAAAUAUUAUACUGGUUAUGAAGUUGAUAAUGAACCGAGUGAUGAUGAAGACGAAAUCCCUUGUAGUACCGCCAUAACUCAUGGUGAUGUUAAUUCGGACAGUUCUGAUGAUGAAUUUGAUCGACCACUACGUGAAUAUAUCGAAAAGACAAUGUCACAAGAAACGAAAAAUAAAACUUCAUCAUCAACAUCUACUACUGCAAAUGCAUUUGCUAAUGAAAUGGAAGAUGAAUUAGAUCAAAUCUAUCAUAAUUUUAUUUCACGUGGAACAUUUGAUUUACCAAUAUCUACUCAAAAAACACAAGAAAAGAAAAUAGUAGUUAAUAAACAAAAUGAAGAUGAUAGUGAUGAUGAAAAAAAUCAAUCAGUAGUGAAUAAAGAUGAUCAAGAUAAAAUUAAUGAUGAUCUUUUAUAUGAUCCCGAUGAAGAAGAAGAAGAUGAAAAAUGGAUGACAAAUGAACGUCUUAAAUCUCGAGGAGUCAACAAUUCACAAAAAUUAGAUGCAUCAUCACUCGGACCAACUGAUGCAGUUCUCAAUUGUCCAGGUUGUAUGAUAUUAGUUUGUCACGAUUGUCAAAGGCAUGAAACCAAUCGAAAUCAGUAUCGAGCAAUGUUUGUCUUUAAUUGUGCAAUUGAUGAAAAUCGUAUUGCUCGUGUAUCAACGGCUAACAAUAAAAAAUCAUUGAAACAAAAGAAAAAGAAUAAUAAUAAACGAUUUAAAACAGAUGAUUCUGAUCCUUUAAAUGAUAAAGAAGAACAAGAAAUUAAAGAUGAUAUAUUAAGACCUGUAUUAUGUAGUGAAUGUGGAACAGAAUUAGGUGUUUAUGAACCGAAAGAAGAAUUGUAUCAUUUUGCUAAUGUACUUGCUAGCCAUUGA